CUCAUCCUUUCUCACCUGUCUUGAAACGAACAGCGGACUUCUUCACCUCCAGCACUUGUUUGCUGCAUCACUAGAGUGCAACACCAGCCAAGAUGAAAGCACCUUUCUUCAUCAUCACCCUCCUCCUUGCCAUAGUCUUGUACAGGCUUUACACUCCUGUUCCACAAGACAUUGACGAGAAAAUCAAGUUCCGCAUCUUUGUUGGAUUCGUAAGGUUCUUCGAAUUUAUUGGAUCAGUGAUGAAUCUUUUCAACAGCAAGCCAGCAUUGCAGAACUUGAAUGACUUGGCUCUAGCCUUGCAACCUCAACCACCGUCAACAAUAGAAGGCUCUAAUAUUAGGUCAAAGGUUGUGACCUUUGAUGGAGUUAGGGUCUUGCUGUAUGAGCCAAUAAACAGGAAGGGCAGAGAAUCGGUUGCCGGCCUGAUGUUCUAUCAUGGUGGUGGAUACGUGAUAGGCAGUCCAGCUGAGAAGCUGAACUUCUAA